UCGAGCCUUUGUGAUCUCGUACUUGUUCACAGUUCCUUUCCAAAAAAUUACGCAAUAAAAAAAUGCCUAUACACAUAUCCAACGAACUUCCCGACCUUCUGGUGCCUGAGGAAGCCUGGAGAUCUCCAGCGAACGGCGUAAACGGUCACUUGCAUUCAGCGGAAUCAACAUCUCCGCGAGUUCGACACCUGCAGAAAAGUGUCUCAUUAUUGUUCGAUCCGCCCCUCUCCAGCAAUCUGAUUCCAGGGAAGGGAGACUUGUAUAUUGCAGAAAGUCAACUCGUCUGGUACAGCCCCGAAAAGCGACUAUCUAUUGCAAUCGAUUAUCCCUCUAUCGGCAUACAUGCCAUUUCACGUCAAGGCGAUGCUUUGACUGAAGGAAAACCUCACGUAUACGGGCAGUUGGAUAGUAUGGUGAUAGUCAGAGAGGAACGCACCGAUGCCAUGGAUCACGACGGGGAGAGCGAUGGGGAGGAGGAGCAGGCGUGCGAGUUUAGAUUGGUUCCAGAUGAUCUAACUGCGUUGGAUGCAAUGUUCCAGGCGAUAUCCGAUUGUGCGGCAUUGCAUCCCGAUCCUGACGCGGAAGAGGAUGAUAAUGAAGAAGGCGAUUGGUACUACACUCCUGAUGAUCCACAAGAGUUGAACGGCCUGCAGGAGGCCGCGUUGCAGCAUCUUGACUCAGUAUUCGAAGGACCAAACCCCCUCGGAAACCUUGGCGGAAAUUCAAAUCCAGCCGAUCAGUUCGCUGAUGCAACUGAGGAUAUGGAACAAUGAUAGUACAGCAAAAGAUUGGAGGGAACUGUCUUCACACUUGUUUACAUGGAACAGAAUUGUAAAUACCUGCACGUCAGAUACUCAAUCUCAGUGCGGCUGUGUAUUGCUAGUCAGGCACGGGGCGUCCAUUAGGCAAUGGCCAAAUUUUAAUGUCGCAUAUCCACUUAGAUCCCUA